GUGACUGCAGGCUGUGCAUCAAGCCAGACACUUCAGCUGACAUGUUGAAGGCUGUUUUCACCUCAAUGUGACCGAGCAAACUGGACUGCCACAGGAGGAUGACGCAUAUUGUAUGCUGCUGUUAAUUCCCCACUAUUUUUGUCUUGUGAGACUGUUUCAUCACAUACCCACACUGCACUGGGUCCAGGCCCAAGGUCAAAUGCCUCACACAGGACUCUCGCUUUCAUGCAGUUGGAUCUCACCAACUUUCACUUGAUGGUUUUUGCCCAGUAGAUUGCUCCACUGUUUUCUGAGUAAAAGGAGAGAGUGGCAAUUGUACAUGACAGGAAGCAGUAAGAAUCAGCCAGAGGGUGGCCAGGGGUGGCAUGGGCUAUCCCCAGGACCUGAAUGGCCACUCCUAGUGCCGCCCCUGCCGGAGUCAAAAUGUGAUGUGUGUCGGUAUUAAUGAAUGAAACACAAUGAGAAACUAUUGCCACUGUGCAGCAGCGGUGUCCCUGACUGGGAGUAAAAAGGAGCACAGCCAGACUUAGAUGUGCCACGCCUCUCUGAGUCUGUGUCCCAGCCUGGCCACCCCGUCUGAAACUUUCUAGAUCUGCCCCUGUGCGUACGUGCAUCAAAAGGUCACCCAAGCAAUGCCUAUUUGACAACUGCAUGACGGCAAAAAUAGUGCACUUUUGUUCUUUUAACAUCUACAGUGUGUGAAUUUGCACAUGUGGACAAUCUCAGUGAGCAACUGUUUAGCAGUGAGAAUGUUUACAGGGUGAUGAAUGGUUGUAAUAUAACUGCAAAGCAGAUUCAAAAAGGGCUUAACUGGAUUACACCUCAUUUCAAGGAUGCUUAAGCACCGCAGCCCAACGGAUAACCAAGCGUGGAUUAGCAGUGACAUCAUACUGAAGAGAUGGCUGAGCCCAAGUGUGAGUACGGGAGAGUUGAUCACCACUGCUUGUGAGCUGGGGGUGGCUCAUCCUCCAGGAUACCCUCUCUUCACCCUACUAGCUCGACUGGCUAUGUGUCUCUUGCCCUGGCUCUCUCCAGCCCACAGUGUCAACCUGAUGAGUAGCCUGCUGGGGGCUGCAGCCUGUGGUGCUCUCUGUAUGACUGUCUGCAGGUUGGCAGGUCCUGGUCCUGGAGCGGUUCUGGCUGGAGGACUGUUUGCUGUGUCCAGACUGAGCUGGCAGUGGUCCACGGUGGCAGAGGUCUUCACCCUCAACAACCUUUUUGUUGGUCUGCUCUUCUCAUUGACCGCUAGCUUCCACAGUGCUGAAAACGCCUUGCAGAGGAGGAAGAUUGCACACUGGGGGGCGCUAUGCUGUGGCUUUGGGCUCUGUAACCAGCACACCCUGGUACUCUAUGUACUGGUCAUCAUUCCCUGGGUCCUUCAUCAGCUCUUCUGUCACAAGGAGCUGUUUCUUCAUGGCCUUACGUCUCUGGGAGUGUGUUUCCUUGCUGGCUUUCUGCCCUACACCUACCUACCCAUUUCCUCCUACCUGAACACAGCGCGCUGGAGCUGGGGGGAUCAGACCACCUUGUCAGGCCUGAUGACCCACCUGUUGAGGGCCGAAUAUGGCACCUUCAGUCUAGCAAAGACUGAGAGUUCUGUGAACUUGACCACAAUGCUACAGGCCCAGAUGGACCACUGUCUUGCGGACCUAUCCCUUCCUGUUCUGGUGCUGGCAGGAACAGGCCUGUUCCUUUCCUCGUGGGACAGGGCAUGUCGCCCGGUGCCCUGGCUGUUGACCGCCAUGAUGGUGGUCUACUCUCUGUUUUUUGCUUGGAGAGCCAAUCUGGAUAUCAGCAGACCCUUACUGCUUGGAGUGGUUGAGCGUUUCUGGCUCCAGAGUGACGCUGUGCUGUGUGUGCUGGCAGGCCUCGGCUUGAGCCGGACUCGCGCUGAGCUGGAGCGGAGGCUGGGCCACGGGGGGGUGUGGAAGACCACAGGCUGGCUCCUCACUAUGGCUCUGCUGGCACAUAUGGUGCACACCAAUCACAGGGAGUGUGAUCAGAGCGGUAACAGUGUGGUGGAGAGAUUCGGCAGGGAACUUUUGGCCUCCGUCCCAAAAGACUCGAUCAUCCUGACCAGAGGAGAUCUGCCUGGAAACUCGCUGCGCUACUUGUACUACUGCCAAGGCGUACGGCCCGAUGUACGUCUGGUAGAUCAGGAGAUGAUGACAUACAGUUGGUAUGUGGCCAAGCUGGCGCAGCACCUCCCUGGGGUCCACUUUCCUGGCCACUGGUGGGACCCGGCCCACCCUGAGGACAAAGGCACCUUCACCCUGGAGCACUUUUUGUCCCGCAACACACAGAGGGAUGUGUUUGCCUGUAUUGGGCUGCCUAAUGGAGAUGCAAGCUGGGAGCGUAGUUUCACUCGCUGGCCCCUGGGUGUGUGUGACUACUUAGUGCCUGUUCAGAGGCAGUUUCACCCAGAAGAGUGGGCUCAGCGUACUCGCAACAUCUACAACUGGAGUGAGCCACACAACAGUUUCCAUCCUGCGUCCUGGGAGCGUGUCGCUAAUGAGGAGAUGUGGCAAGCCAGGAUGAAGACAGCUUUCUUUCUGUUUGACCUGGCAGAAAUGAUGCAGGGAGAGGGGAAAGCUCGCCUCUUUGAGCUGUCUUACACUCUGUAUAAGGAGAUUGUGGAGGCCCACUCAGACUACCCCCCAAACUGGGACAAGAACUUGGCACUGGCCUGUGAGAGGCUGCUUCGCUCAGGUCACCGGGGCUACAGUCCAGACAGCCUGCUGACCUGCAGUGCCCAGCACUUCAAACUCUAUUUAGAGAAGGAACCCACGGAUCCCCAGGCGCCAGCCAUACGUUCAGCCAUAACUCACCUGCUCAAGGAGAGAGGCAGGCUCCGUCAGAGUCAGGAGCAAACCCUGUGACAGGAUACAGAGAGCCCUUCAUGGAGCUGGCACACUGAGAGUGUGUCACGAGCCCAGCC